AUGUUCUUUAUUGGUGGAAUGGACCUCAAUCUGCUUCGUUUUCUGUGGUCGAGGGCUCGUUCGGAUACCCCCACGCUCCGUGAAGACGCUCCCCAAAACCGUUUACGAAACGGUCAAGGUCUCAUGGAGCUAGGACCUCAAUCUGCUUCGUUUUCUGUGGUCGAGGGCUCGUUCGGAUACCCCCACGCUCCGACCUCAAUCUGCUUCGUUUUCUGUGGUCGAGGGCUCGUUCGGAUACCCCCACGCUCCGUGAAGACGCUCCCCAAAACCGUUUACGAAACGGACCUCAAUCUGCUUCGUUUUCUGUGGUCGAGGGCUCGUUCGGAUACCCCCACGCUCCGUGAAGACGCUCCCCAAAACCGUUUACGAAACGGUCAAGGUCUCGUGGAGCUAGGACCUCAAUCUGCUUCGUUUUCUGUGGUCGAGGGCUCGUUCGGAUAG